AAAUAUUGAAGCAUUUAAGCUGCAUAAUUCAGUUUAAACUUAACACGAACAGCAAACGGAUUAUAACGGAAUACGUCGCCAGGUAAAGCGGAAGCAACUCACACACACAUAUUUUCAGCAAAACAAAACUUCAAAAGGAUACAAUUAUGAAGUUACUGCAAAUCGGUCUACCGGUGCUAUUGAUUUUGCUACUCUUCGCCGACAAUACGCUUGCCAAAAGGCGAAGGAACGAUAAUUCGAAUACUGAAGAGAAUGAAUACGAUGUUCAUCAUCACAACUAUGACGAGCAAGAAAUUUAUACAUCUAGUAAAGAUUUAAAUGCCCAAGAAUCUGGCAAGAUAGAAGUUAAGGUUCAUCCUGACUCAAAUGCCAAUGCGCCACGAGGCAAACGUGGUUCACAAAGGUUUCGACAAACAGCUUUAAUUAAACCUGUAAAUCGUCGCAAAAAACAUGUUAUUCUAAAGUUGCAACCCCGACAUAAAAGACCUGUUCAUAACCAGGUCACCGAGAAUAUUAAAAAUAUUCAAAACUCACCUAGUGAAGAGGUAAAGGUAUAUCAUACCUUUGAAGAGACUCACGAACAUAUCGAAGAGAAAGAAGAAACUCCUGCAGAUAAAAAUGAAAAAACGGCAGACAGUCAAACAGCCGAAUCCACAGAACAACUUGAAUUUCAAGCUGAACAAAAAUUUAAUGAACCCAUAACGGAAGAAACACAAAAUUUUCACUCAGAAGAGGAAAAACAUAAGAAAGUCAAGGUAAAACAUCACCACCACCAUCAUCAUCACAAUCAUGUGAAAGAAAUCAUUAAGAAAGUACCGGAACCAUAUCCAGUGGAGAAGAUCGUUCAUGUUCCCGUAGAGAAGAUUAUCGAAAAAAUUGUACAUGUGCCAAAGCCAUAUCCUGUUGAGAAAAUCAUUAAAGUUCCAGUCGAAAAACUAAUACACGUACCCAAACCAUAUUCGGUUGAGAAGAUUGUAGAGAAAAAAGUACCAUAUCCAGUAGAGAAAAUAGUUGAAAAAAUUGUAGAGAAAAAGGUACCAUAUCCAGUGGAAAAAAUCGUUCAUGUACCGGUCGAAAAGAUUGUCGAGAAAAUUGUUCAUAUUCCCAAACCAUAUCCAGUUGAAAAAAUUGUGGAGAAGAUUGUACACGUGCCGGUCGAAAAGAUUGUGGAGAAAAAGGUACCCUAUCCAGUAGAGAAAAGAGUACCAUAUGCAGUUGAAAAAAUAGUCCAUGUUCCCGUAGAGAAAAUAGUAGAAAAAAUUGUCCAUGUUCCGAAACCGUAUCCAGUGGAAAAGAUAGUAAAUCAAGUUGUUGCCGUACCAAGACCAUAUCCUGUGGUACAACGUGUCCCUUAUCCCGUGGAAGUUAAGGUACCUAUUCACGUUGAAAAGCCAGUUCCAUAUCCAGUGGAAAAGGUAGUACCUGCCCCAUAUAAGGUGGAAGUAGAAAAGAAAGUUCCGGUUUACAUACAAUCAAAAGGACCAAAUGAGCAGCACAACGAUGACGACUUCGUUGAUCAUGAACAUAAAGGUUACGAGCACAGCCACGAAAUAGAGCAUUACAAUCAUCAUGCGCAUGACUUGUCCGUUUUUCCAUCAAACCACAAGCCCAAAGUAACCAGUCAUCACAAAAAUGAAGCCCAAAAACAAUCAUCUGCUAUUCGUGCGGAGUUGCUGCAGCAACAAAUUCAUAAUUUUGGUUACAAAAAACAACAAGAACAACAUCAGCAGCAGCAAUUGCAAAAUCAACAAAUUCAACAACAACAGCAGCAGAAAAUUCAACAACAACAGCAAGAAAUUAAACAGUUGCAACACCAACAGCAGCAGCAACAUCAACAAAUACACCAUCAACAGCAGCAACUUCAACAAGAACAGCAGCAUCAUCAUCAGGUGCAACAUCACUUGCAGCAACAACAAAAUUCUUUAUCGAUAUCUCAUGAACUCUGCCACCAAGAAAGCCGCAACCAAGAAGUGGCAGUUCCGCCCAAAACAAAUCCAAAAUUCCAAAUAAAUGUUCCAGAUGUUGAACCUGCUGCAAGCGAGACCGUAUCUGUGUCGGUGCCGUAUUCGGAUAUGCAAACGCAAGCGUCGACCAAUUCCUACCAAGUUGUGUCGCCGUUACAACCAAUUGCGUUGCCUCUUCAAUUCUUCCAAUAUCAUCAUAUGCCCUUUCAGCAACCUCUCGGUUUCUCUUUAGCAGCGCCAGACAAUUAAGCCUUCAGAAUUAUGAAAAUUCAUUACAGACUUUAUACUUGUCCGACGAAGUUUUUAGUUUAAAUAAUUAUAAAUUUAAGUAUUAUAUAAGUAUAUGUAUCUGAAAUAGUGUAAAUUUUUUUAAUUCACCUUACAAGUCGUAUUCAAAAAUAUAUCGCUGUCAUGGGUAUAUUAAAAAAUAUAACAAAAUAUUGUUUUUUUUUUUUUUUCAUUGAUUAAAAACUUUUCAAGUUAUUGCAAAUUCCCUAGGCCACAGUACAUAAAUUCGAAAUGUGACAAAAAAAAAAUUAUUUAUAUUUGAGAUGUAUUCUAAAAAAACAUUUUUAAACUUUAAAUAUACUAAUAAUUACUCGAAUAGUUUAGUCCGUAUAUGAUAACGCGUACUUUUUGGUCAAAAAAGUUUGAUUUUUUCAACGACCGUUUCAAAUCUCCAAUUUCAGUUUUUAUGAAACUUUGUUAAACUAAUUUUAAAAUUUUUGGAAGAUCUCAUGGGGAUUUAUGGAUAACAGAUAAGUGACUAAAACGUUGAAAAAAAUUAGAUAAAUAACUCUUACAGUUUAGGUGAACCUGCGAUUUGAACUCUGCGGAUUUCGGAAAAAUCGCAUUUUUGUAAAAUUUUAGAAAAUUCGUAUUAAUUAUUAACUGUUGCACACAUUAAACAAAGUAUUUUCAGAGUAUUUAAGAUCAGA